CGGAUCUGUUCCCUCAGAGGACGUCCUUCCCAUCUCUGUCUCCAUUAACGGCGCCUCGAUUCUCAGAUUCACACAUGCAUUAUCCGGGUCCCUUCACUUACUCUGCCAACCCGUCCAGCACUGGAAUCGGCGGUCUCAGCGUGGCCGGGAUGCCCACCUCCAGCCGCUACCACACCUACCUGCCACCUCCAUACCCCGGCAACCAGAACCAGAACUCCCACUUCCAGACCAACUCCUCGCCGUACCACCUGUACUACGGCACCGGAUCCGGCUCCUACCAGUUCUCCAUGGUUCCGACCGGUGGCACCGGAUCAGGAGGCGACAGGUCGCCCACCCGCAUGCUGACGUCCUGUACCGCGGCGGGCGGAGCCGGAGGCACCGGGGGCGGAAACAACAGCCUGCUCAACGCCAGCCUUGGCAACCAGAGCGACGGCGUGGAUGCCGACGGCAGCCACAGCAACUCGCCCACAGCGAUGAGUGCGUCCACACGCAUAGACGAGUCCGUCUGGAGGCCUUACUGAGAAAACGUGUGCAGAAAGACUGAGAGAAGAAGUCAAAGUUUAGAGUAGAGGUGAAAAGUCUUGCAUGUUUGAUCGUUUUUGUUUCUUCAUCCUUCUAUGACAUGUCAAUUGCUUCAAAGACCACCAAAGUGAACCGAUGACCAGAAAUGAGUCUGGGCGCUCCAUACAGAACAGAAAUGGCCUCCGCUGAUCAAAACUAAAGGAGGACAGAAGUAUCACAGGAAAAUGAGGUGUACAUAGAAAGAUUAUAAUUAAGAAAAGGCAUCCCAUAGUAAUAUAUCAGCAACUUUUCUUACUAAAAAAACUGAAAAACCAAAGAAAAGACAUAUUCUGAUGAGCCUGUAUCUGAAAAAAGCCAAUUUAUCCAGCCUUACAAACCAAUCUGUCUGAACGCUGUAAUUCCCAGAGUGCUUUGCAUCCACGAAAACGUGUCUUGCAGACAGUAUGAAAGAGAUUCACAGAGCUGCAGGACUGUGGGACUGUAAAUAUGAUGAUAAACAAAGAUGCUACCCAAGUGUUUCAGGUACUUUCCAAACUUGCUGAAAUAGUCUUGAAAUGGUGAGAUGUGAUCAUAUAAUACAAGUGUGGAGCUUUGUGAGAUGUUAUGUCAAUGGGUUUUUCAUUGAAACGGAUUUUAGGGUGAAUAUCACAAAACCUGUCAGGAACAUAUUCAGGUCAUAUUUAAUGAGAAAUGAGAAAUUAUAU